AUGGAACCUUUUAUUGUUACUCCUGACGAAGUUGAAAUGGUUUUGAAGUCUUUACCCCUUGGAAAGGCCUCUGGGCCCGACUCUGUCAACAACAAAAUUCUCAAAGAACUUUCUACCGGAUUAUCUCUUCCUCUUGCCGAUCUCUUUAACUACUCUUUGACUACAUCCACAUUUCCUGAUGCUUGGAAAGAAGCUUAUGUAUCACCCGUCUUUAAAAAUGGUGAUCGGUCUUUACCUGGAAACUAUCGCCCAAUUUCACUCCUAAGUACAAUAGAGUAUGGUGACAUUAUUUUUGACAAUUGUACGGUCCAAGAGAAGGACUUGCUUGAAAAGGUCCAAUACGAGGCUGCUAGGAUAGUAACAGGUGCUACCAAACUUGUUUCUCUGCAUAAACUUAUGCAGGAGGUUGGAUGGGAAUCACUUGAAAAAGAUGACUGGGGAUCCUGUUUACAGUCUAAAGACGAAAGUAAGAUAAAGGAACUCCUCCAAGAAAACAUUAUUCCAAAUUCAAACCAUCUCAAUGAUGCAUACAGAAUCUUUGAGCCUUCUUCUGAAAUUCUUGAAGGCAUCUUUGCGUUGGCUUCAGAGCACAUAAAGAAUCAGUCUUCACAUAUACUUCGAGUUUAUGCGGCAUAUCAUGAUAGAAUGAUUUCUGACAGCAGCUAUUGUUUUCUUGUAUUUACAAAGCAAUCAGCGGCAAUCCAAGUACACUUGAAUGUCAAGAAUGUCGAGUAUCCAAUUAAGAUCGUGUAUAUCGAAGACUGUAGUCAAGAAGACGAAGAUGUUGUAGAAGCAAGUCUGAAAAGAUACAGCCAACUUGUAUACGUAGGUCAAGUAGAAAUCAGCAUAUCGGAGCAUUCCGAACGACUGAUGAAAGAAACAAAAAAUAUUACACUAAUUACCACCAGCAUGUACAAAUCACGAAACUAUCAACGUGGAAAACCUCUUAAUUUGGUUGAAGGUCCAUGUAUAGUUAUACUUGUCAUGCUUAAAAACUGGAUACCUAUUGGGAGUAAGCCACUGCCAAAAAAAAUCAAUGGCAUAUCUGUGGAUGUACGAGAAGGAAUUGCUGUUCAAUUUACAGGAAAACUGCCUACGGAAAAACACGAAAACGUACGUAUUGGUUGUAAAAUUGAAAGCAGCGUUUUUCCAGGGUCUGGUAAUUCAUUAGAUGUUUACAAUCAAGGCACUCUUGGUGGAUUUAUACUUGAUAAAAAUUCUUCGAUAUACGGAUUUACGUGUGCACAUAUUCUUUUUCCUGACGAAGUGUUGAGACAAAUGCAAAAUGAUGACCAGUUAUAUGUUGGAAAUGAUUUGGGGCUUACUGUUGAAAAAAUGCCGGGGGAAAUGAUAUCGAAUCUCAACAAAAUUGUAAACUGUCCGGACAAAAGGAAAGUAUACCAAGCAAGCUGUGAAGAGAAUGAAUAUCUUGGAACUGUUGAGAUGGCACUGUAUGCACGAGGGGGGACAUUUGACUUUACUGGAGUUGAUUUUGCUGUCGUGAAAAUCGAUGAAAAACGCAUUCCAAACACAACGAAAUUCCCAUAUUUUGAUGAUUCAAUAACUUUCAACAGAGAAAUGGAAGGCGCUUCGGCCGAAAGGGAAUUUCAUUUUAAGUCUGGAAAGGUCAUUGAAGAAGAUUUGAAAUCUGGAGAGAAAGUCAUCAAGUACGGAUGUAAAACCCAACUUACGGAGGGAUAUUUUCAAAGGAAAUGUACAUUUAAUUUCAUUGAUGGUGAGAAAUGGCAUGGACAGUGUGAAAUUAUUGCUCAGAGAGGUUUUGCAAAACCAAGUGAUUCCGGAUCUCUUGUAUUCAAACCAAAAGAUGGCGAUCUAGAAGCUGCGUGUAUUCUUUUGGGAGGCACAACAACUCGAUUUGCGGCAACACAUUUUGCAGACGUACUUGAAAGAACAGGUUUAAAAGACGUAAAGUUUUUGAAAUUCGGUGACCCGAAAGCAAAUGAAGAUUCCAUGUAACGACACCUGUCUGAAAGAAACAAAAGUAACGGUGUAUUACAGAAAGUGUUCUGUUCUUUAUUACCAGAGUUUGGGAAAAUUAUCGUGUUAAUUGUAGGGAAUAAUACAACUUAUAAAAUACAGAAAAAAUUUGAUUAAAACAGACUGUAUCAAUUUCCAAUAAUUAUCAGAAAGAGAGUGUAAAAAGUAAUUCAACAAUAUUGCAAUAAAAUAAUAGAAUAGAAAGUGUGGAAACUUUACAGGUCGCCCAACACGAAAAAAAACAAACCGAAAUGUUGUGCAGGCUAGUCGUUUCGAAACGAAAUUGCAGGUAUUUUGUAUAUUUAUUCCAUUCAGGCAUACAUGAUGAUUUUCGUAAUGCGUAUAUUAUGAAAUAUGCAUGAUAAAUAAGUGCAUAAAGAGCUUGUUCUGUGCUAAACGAAGCUUAAACGAAAUGCUUAAACAGUAGGCGAAGAAAAUGCCCUAUAAAUUAAAACGAAUUUGGUGACCUGUGCUUUUUCUUCUUUUAUUUGUCUUAGAAAUUAAUGUCCUCAUUGCCAGCGUUCGUAGCCAGAUCGCUGGCUUAUCGAUGAAAGUGUCUCCCUUGAAAAUACGCUAUCGGCGUUAUCGAUUUCUCGAUCAGAUUGAUUUUGCUACUAAAGAUUUAUAUAGGAAAUGAUUUAUUUAAAUUGUAAGAACUUUUUUUAUUUUUAAUGCCACAUAAUUUUUCCACAUAUGAGCACAAACUUUAAUCUUUCAUUAUCAUUAUGAUGUAAAAAGUUAUACCAUCAGUUCCUAUUCCCACGAUAGAAAACAGAAGGGAAAAGUGUCAUUUUACAUAAUUGACCAUUUUGUCAAACAGAAAUUACGUGCUCUUAUGCUCACAACGUAUGAAAACAUUUUUAACGUUAGAAAAAAGGAUCCCACAUCCUUAAAUUAAUAAUAAAAUGUAGGAUCCGUUUAAGCAAGAGGCUCAUAUCGCAGCUAUUCCCAAACCGAGGCUCAUACCGCAGCUACUCCCAAACCGAUUCCGUAAGAAAGGUACAUCACAGAAAUACGUCAUUAUCAUUAUAUUGAUUAUCAUAAAGAGCGGGGUUAGUACUAUCAGAUUUUACUAACAUAAAGCAAAUUCUUCAUUAUACAGUUCAUCCUCAGAUAAUUUGAAAUGCUACUAUACCAAAGAUUGUAUUUGACCUAUAUAUUGUUAAAAAGAACUGAAAUUAUUGUAUGUGUGGUAAAACAUACUGUAUAUAUUUUAAAUAGAAGUAAAUUUUCAGAAUGUAUAUAUCAAUUACAGAAGUGUUUUACUUGUAAUAAUUUAAAUCUUUAUAGUUGUGAAUGUUUGGUUAUGAGUGGACUUUAGAUUUAAUAGAUUUAUAAAACUGAACUUACUCUUUUGUCUCCAUUUAAUGUGACAUAUGUGUUGACUUUGCCUAUUUGUAAUCUAUGUGGUGUGAUAAUAAAUAAACUUAUUAUUUCAGCA